CGCCACUUUUGAAUCCAUACUCAAGGUCCAUGAUCCUGCUUGCUACGUCAACCAUGUUCCCUACUAGUUGUGAUCAUGACACCAGGCUACAUCGCUGUGAAUCUACUUCACCCAUGGCUAUCCGAGACCUCCUUAACCCACAACCCGACGACGUAAUGUCGUCCAUGGUGCCAACAGCAUCGAUGCCACUCCGCGUGCAAUCGAGAAAGCGCCCGCUCGAAGUACGCUUUCACAUGUCGCGGCUGCUUCUGUCACGUGUAUCACGGCCACCCAUCACGACACUGCACCACGUGCAACUUCCACCAAAGUUCGACGAGAUGGCCACACUCAGUCCCAGCAAACAUCCGACGACCGACGAUAGCGUGCUGCUGGCUCCACAGCAAUGCCGCUACCGCAACGGCAAAUGCACCCAGUCGAGAGCGCGAAAGACCAACGGUCAACUACACACACUGUGUGACAUGCACCGCCACCGCAACAUUGUCAACCAGCAUCGCGUGGAUGCAAGGCGGCGCAAGGAACGUCUGGCCAAAGUUGUUUAAUCAUACAAACGGAUUCAUAGAGUUACACAAAACAGUUAUACUUGUUAUUGCAUUAUUUAUGUCCCCCUGAAUAGUUCGCCCAUCCACUCAACGGCGCGACUUCCAAACCCAUGUCUUCCAGCAGAAUCGACACGUCAUAGACGCACAGCCCGACCGGCGCUCGGUAAAGAUGCCACAGUGGGGGCACGGCUGGUAGUUCCACUUGACCUUGGCCAAGUGCACAAAUAACACGUCCGUGGCCGACAACGUCCUCAUCCCCUGAGACUCGCGACACGUCUGCCUUGGGUGCCACUGGUUCGCGCACGCCGUACACAUCGCCGUCUUGCACGACGUACACACGAGCUUCGUGGCAGGUUGCAACGAAGUAGCGUUGGUUUCUUUGAGGGGGUUGAUGUAGCGGCACUGGGGGCAGCUCACCCCCGUGCCCAGACGCCACCGAUGCGCCUGUUCGACAAACGAGCGUGCCGUGGCCGACAACUCCAGCUCGCGCACGUGCGCCAACUCGAUCGCCUCCUGGCAAUUGGCCCACGGACACGUUAGCUGGUCGAACCGACGGCUGCGAGCGAGCUCUUCAAUCCACAGACCAAUGCACUUAUGACAGCAUACGUGGUGACAUGUCACUAGCGACCACGCUUCGGACUCGCCAAUUCGUCUGUGGAACGCGCGAAGGAGCUUGUGGACCCACGUAAAGGUCCGGCACGGCUCGAGACAAAUCGAGCAGCACGAGGUUUGCGUCGAAGGGGGUGGCAUCGAAAGUACCAGUUGCCAACGAAUUGAAGAAAGGUGAUGGGCCGUUCAUUGAAGUUGCCUGUGAUGGUUCUGUCAGUUGAUAGAUGGGACUGUAGUCAGAGUACCCAUCAACUUGAUGACACGGCGGUGGCGAGACGGAUACGACGGGGUCUGGAAACAUGUACCGAAUCCACACUAGGACAUUUGUACAACUUACGAGUACAUUUAGACAUCGUAAUACCGUGUAGCGUAUAUAGGUUUAGAUAGCCAUAUAGAUUUGGACUCCUCU